AUGGUUCAUCUUCUAAACGAUUACAACACAAACUUACCUCACGAGAUUUCAAAAAGACAAAUAUUUUCUAAAUUAAUCAUUUGUCAUAUUGAUGAAAGCUCAAUAUAUGAUGAUUCACAGUCUACAAUAAAUCAAGUUGAGAAUCUUUUUGAAAAAUAUAAUUGUCAAUUUAUUGGAGUAAAAUUAGAACAUAUAUAUUCACCAGAUUACACUUUUAGUGGCUCAUGUAAUAGAGAUUUAGAAGUGAUAAAUAAUAAUUUUGAUAGAUCAAAGCAAACAAAAGAAAAUUCAAAUAAUAAUAUCAAUGCUUUACUUGAUGGAAUUCCUAAUAACAAAUUAACAACAAAACAAGAUUUUAUAUGGCAUUUAAAAUUAAAUUUAUUAACAAAUAUUGCACGAAAGAAUGGGUAA